AUGCCCUCGAAGGCGUCCUCGGUGCCUUCCCGCACCGCCUUUCCUGUGGCGUGUUCAUCGUUUGUGAACAGCCGCUUCUGCAGCCUGCCCCUUUGGGAUGAUGCUCAGGUGGCCCAGGAAAACUGGGGCGGCCCGCUGGCGGUGCCCGUACCCAGCGGCGGCGGCGACGGAGGUAAGGAAGCAAAACAAUCCUUGAGUAGGCCAAAGCCUCUCACUGGUGGCAGGAACGUGUCAACCUGCGCGGCAGAGAUGCACUUUGAGGACGAGGCAACGCGUCACAGCGUCGAGGUUUUUAUCGCAUCGCUUCGCCCGCCGCUACAGUCGGACCCGGCGGCCGGGGAGGUGUGCGACAGGUCCUCGCCCGACGAGGUGACCUGGCUUCGACCGGCGGAGGUGUUCUCCCCUUUCCGCCCUGUAGUGCACCGCAACGUUACACCGUUCGUUAACCCGUACGCAACGGCGGAGGGUUUGGUGCCGGUCGAUGCCAAGGCAGAGGAGGCACGGUGCCAGGAGCUGUUGUCUGCUGCCGCUUGCAACGCCAACAGCAGCACGGGACACCGAAAGAGCGCCGGCCUCGCGCGGCAGAGCGAUGUAGCGACUCCUGAGCAGCAGGCGUUUCAUCUGCUGUACCCCGAGACCAUCAGCGUACUGGACACGUUCUCGCAUGAGGAGAGGGAGCUUUGGUCGAACUGCACGCCUACAGAGUCUGUGAGGCGAUAUCGAGCGCUGCCUACGCUAAUGCAGCCCUACGAUGGUGCGCUGAUUGCUGGCUGCGCCGAAACGCCGGCGCAGGCGUGCGAGUCCCGCUACAGCACCAGUCUGCGUCACAAGCUCAAGCAAGCCGAACAGCUGGCUGCCCUAACAAAGGCGCCGCCGUUCCUGAUGAGUGCGUUUAACAGCGCUCUGCUGGCGGUGGAGCAGGCGCAGCGGUACGUGCCGGAGGGGUGGUACCUGUGGGAACUUGUAUACCCGCAUGCCCCCGGCACGUGCCACCCAGUGUACAACCCAUUUGGCAAGUACGCCGUGAAGCUGUUCGUCGACGGCGCCUACCGCAAGGUGCUUGUGGAUGACUGCCUGCCAGUGGACGUGCUUGGUCGUCCGCUGCUCAGCACUACAAGCCGGAAGGAGCUCUGGCCAUGCCUUAUCGCGAAGGCUGUGUUGAAGGCGCUCGGCGCCGUCAGCGGAGUGCAGGCCUUGACAUCUUCACCGGAGCUGAUUGUGGCAACGCUGUUGGGCAACUGGGUGCCGCAGUACCUUUCCCCGAGACACAACACCGUCUCUGCGACCGCGCUGCUUCUCCUGUACCAGCGUCAGCUGACACAGCUGGAGAGCCUGGCAGAGCCGUUUGUAAAAGAGUCGAUCGAAUGCGCAUCGAGGCAUGGCGGGGCCGACGGAACCGGCGAUGUUACGGGAAAAGAUGGGAGGAACAGUAUGCGUGGCCAGCGAGUGUCGGUGGCCGCUGCGCCGCAGAAGCGCACCCCACCAACCGGCGCUGGCAAACCUUCGGUGAGGCAGCGCCAGAGCAGCCGUUCAAGUCGAGUCUCUGGCGAUGACAAGGAAGAGGAGGGCACACUGAAGCCGCUGAGGGCUACGGAGUAUUGCGAGCCGGUCAUUGAUGAGCCCCUGCCUGAGCAGCCCAUUUACGUCUGCAGUUUGCACGCCCCGCCCGCUGAUGCGCUGAUGUCGGAAGCUGGACGUACAGCCCGCGGCGGAUACGGCUCCGGACCGCAGCUAUAUACGAUUCACGCGAUGAGGCCCUUUCGCAACACGGUGGCGCUGCUGCUGCACACCACUCCCCGCACGUGCCUCUCCGAGGGAAUUUUUGAGGAGGAUAAGGACGCAGACGACGUGAGCGCACUGCAUGACUGGAGCAGUCGCACUGCAAAACGCGGUGUGCAUGCAGCCAGCGCAGUGAAACCGCCACGUGGUCUCGACGAUCUAGCAACGGUCGACGUCGUCGGCGCCCAAGGGGACCCGACUCCCAUCACGGACAUGGUCGUCAUGGACCAUGACAGAGCGGCCUCCGUGACUUCCUGCUGGCUGACGCUGGAGGAAUUCAUGUCAUGCAUGGACACGAUCAUUGUCUGGCGCAAGCUGUCCGGGCGGUAUACCAACGCUGUCUCCGUCAGCGGAGAGUCUCUCUUGCGUUACCAAGGUCAUGUCACUGCGGCUGGGGACAAUGGGCCCAGUGAGUCCUCGUCAUCAGCGGCAUCGCGCAAGAAGUCGCCGCCCGCGCGCUGCGCGGAAACAUCGACGACGGCCGCCGCGGCAUCCGGUGUCACCACACAGCCCCCUGCUCCAUCGCGGCCGUCGAGUAUGUGGUGGAAGCUGACAGCCGAGAAGGCAGUGGAGGCGGUUGCCAUCGUGUCGUGCCCGGCGCUGACGGAGGCCGACGGUUGCGGCACCCUCGCCGAAAAGGUGCCGCUGACGAUGGCACCAUUGUCUCACUCGUGGCUGUCGGUAGGGCUGCCUGACAAGGUUGCUAGCGGUGGGGAGUCACUCGAGUCCGCGGAGGCGCAGCUGCAGCGACGGGUGCACUUUCACAACGUCCAGUGGGAUCGUGCAGAGCCGCUGAACCACAUCGGAUCCCUCACCUACGCGAACGGCGUGCUGUGCUCGACGGUACUGUACUUUCGCCCUGGGGUGCAUCUGAUCCGCGUCGAUCUACACCACGUGCAGGCCGCUGAUAAAAUUUCCUUUCUCUCUGACGCUGAAAUGGACGUGCAGCUGGACUUGUCGCACGACGCCAACCGCGACGGAUUUGCGUGUGUGACAGACGCCGGCGUAUACCCGGCAGUGCAGUCGUGCGACACGGAGAAUGUGUGGCUGAAGCGCGUCUUUUCCCUCGCCGCCCCGACGUGUGUGACGCUGCAACUUUCGACGCUGGACUCCACCGAGGAUGUGGGGGCGCACCGGCAGCUUUACACCGCCGCUAGCCGGGCAUCUGCAGGAGCGUCGAGUGGGAGGGGCGGCGGCAAUCACAGCAACGUGGCAGCGGGCGGACGGGGCGCACCGCAGGGUGGGGCCACCGCUGCUGGGGUUGGAAAGUCUGGCAACGCGUCUCUGGCGCCAGGCGCCACUGCGGCGGACGGAAAGAAGCGCUGUGAGGGACCGUUGACGGCGGAUGCGAAGAAUGGCGCCACGUCAACCGUCCCGGACAGGGAUGCCUCGGUGCCCAUCUUGCGGUUUACCUCGCUCAUGCUGGUGAACCUAGACUACCCAGAGGACUGCUGCGUUGGGACUGCUGGACGACUGGUGAAAGUGCGUCUGAAGCCGAAUGAGAAGGGGUACCUGAUUAUGGCAUACACAGUUGUGCCGUCGCUGAUGGCGGAAAAUGUGCAACGGCAGAACAGGGUCGCUGACGUGGCCGGGGGUAGGGGCUCGUUACUGCCAACGAUCACCCCGAUGGACUCGCUCGCAGAGGAGGAGGGGCUCCAGCCGCCAGAGUCGCCCUCGCUGGGUAACUCAUUCUCUCCCGCUGCCUCCCUGGCGCCACCGCCGCUCUUUCCUGCAGGGCGGUGGAAGCUGGUACUCCGCUCCGAUGCGGAGGUGCAAACCUUCGAAACCGUUGCCCACGACUUGAAUAACGUGGUGAUUGUGGCUGACCUCCCUCGUGGUGAAUCGCCGGUACUGUUCCGCCGCACCUGCAUGAUUGCGGAGACUACCCAUGUUUCCAUCGUCGCGGACCUGCGCGCCCCUGUUCCAAUGCCGUACACGGUGCGCAUCGUGCGUCUGUCGACGGCAACGGCGUCGACGUCGACGGCCACCACACCGAGAGCGUUGCGGGGGCCUAGCAACAACAUCCUGCCUGCUGGCAUGUCGGAGCCCCUCGCGGCAGAUACUGGCCGCGGUGCCGCGGCUGCGUUUUCGUGCGGGAGCAUGUUUGUCGUGUACGAGUCGCCACCCACAGAGCGCCGCCUCUUUGUCGCCGACGUUCUUCUCAGUGCUGCGGCCGACACAAGCUUGGUGAAGGGGGGUAAAGGGCCUGCCACGUCGAGUUCGACAGGGGGAGGAAUGACGGCCUACGUUUUUGAGGCCACCGUGUCCGAGGCGGACGCUGCGGCGUGGAACGAGCGUUGUUGCCGGAGCCAAGAGGACGCGUUUCUGCAAUACCGCGACGCUGCGGAAGAGCAGGCCUCCGCUUCAAACGAGCGCGACCUGGCCGAGUACCAGCGGGACCCUGUUGCCUUUGCGCAGCGCAAGAGGGAGGCCUCCGCUCAGCGCCGACAAUUUACCACGGAGGCUGCUGAGAAGGCCAUACCGCGCCCCACGACGAUAGCGCGGAAGCGUAGCGGCAUGACGCGGCGACAGAGCCAUCACCUGUCCGCGGGGCUGGAAAACCUUCCGAAGGACUCGCUUCGUCGCCGCUCAUCGUGUGCGCAGCCAGAAACGGAGCAGGAGGGGGAUAUUCAACAGAACCUCGACAAUGUAGACCCCAACACAACCGUACGCAUGAGUGUUCACCUGAGCUUCUCCAUCUCGCGCGCAGACGUGAAGGCAGAGACGCCCGUGCCAGACGCUCUCGCGGAGCUCCGCAAGCACAUGAGGGAGACGGUGUCGUGGUUGCAGGAGUGGAAUGAGCCUGGCUCCGUUGGUGGGGAGUCGGCGGCUGCGGCCUGCAGCGUGACCCCCAUGGGAGCCGCCACCUCGUCGGCCGGAAAAUCGGCGGCACAGCGGGGUCAGCGCGAUGCGGCCGCCGCGGCUGCCACUGUGGAGGAUGCCUUGCGGGCCGAGGCUGCCCGGCAGAGCCGCAUUGAAUACCUGCGCAAUCCAAAGCACCUCUUCGUCCCCUCCUUCGAUUCAGAGUACAACACGGACGGUGCAGAAACGCCCACCAUCACCUCCUCCGCCUCCUUCGUGCAUCGAGCGAAGCACGACGCCAGCGGCAACAGUAGCGGAACCGGGGCUGCUCACUCAGCAGCAACCGGCGGCACCCAAGGCGCGCGCUCCUAUCGCAGGGAGCCGUCCCAGGCGAGCGUAGGGACGUCUGCGAGUCUCUCGGACGAACCUCAGUCGCCGUGCGCGCCACCAGUGCUGAUGCAAGAUGGACCUGCCACGCAGUUUCGCUACGCGGCCCCGCUGCAGCAGUCGCAGCACUGCAUCGAGCUCCUGCCCCUGCGAAGCUGGGAAGAGUCUCCGAGCGUUUCCAGUCAAGGUAAGGAUGGCGCUGGUGGUACUGGCCCCGCUGGGGCUGCGGCGAGCAUCCGUGCCAAGCGGCUGAAGAGCUCAGGCUCAGCGUCUGGGGCCUUGUCUGCACCAGCUCGCCCGCACGUUAACGGACCGGUGAUGACGAGCGGCACCUCUCCACGAUUUUCUGCGGAGGUGGCGCCAAGCGGCCUCCCUACCUCAGCUGCCUCCGCCGCAUGCACCCUGUCUUGCCCGCUCACAGCCGCCGAGCGCGAGACGAUCCUUCUGCCCUUGCGCCGACCCCUGACCGAGGCGUCGGAGAGCUGGGACCUCGCUCUCAGCCAGGCACGCGUUGCGAAGAGUGAGAGUCAGGCGCAGCUCAGAAGCAGCUUCCACGCGUACUAUGAGGCGAUGGUGGAGCAGAGGGCGGUGAGCGGCGACAUGAGUGGCACAGCUGUUCCGAUUGUGUACCACUCCCUGCUGGGGCUCAAGGAGGAAGAGCUCGGGGUGUCACUCAGGUCUACGAAGCCGCUUGCUUUUACGUAG